AUUCGAUCAACCUACAAGCUACAAGCUACAAGACGUGCAGGCAAAAAGAGUCAAUUACCGUGGGAAAGAUAGCACGAUAGGAUUCAUCAUGCCAAAUCUCGCCGUCCGAGGGACCGUCAGGUCCACCAUGACGCCGCCAAUCCCAAAGGCUCAAGCCUGGAUUCGGCAGUUCCCCGCGACCGCAUCCCGACCUCUGCUCAACCUCUCUCAAGGCGUGCCCGGUGAAGCGCCGGAAAAGAUCUUUACCGACAGGAUCUCGGAACUCUCUCAAGACAGAGAGCCCGCCAAUUAUGGGUCCAUUCAGGGAGACGACGGGUUGAGGGAAGCCGUCAAGGAGGAGAUGGGAGAUGUCUAUCGGUGGAACGAAAAGGGAUCGGGUGGAGUGGGCGUCGUCAAGGAGCAGAUCGCCAUUUCUGCAGGGUGUAAUCAGGCUUUCUACUUGACGAUGAGUGUGCUGUGUUCGGAAGGAGACGAAGUUCUAAUUCCUUGUCCAUGGUACUUCAACAUGUUGAUGACUUUUCAACUCCUUCGGCUCAAGCCCGUCCCCCUCCCACUCUCCCCAUCGAACGGUUUCACGCCCAGUGUGGACCAAGCCAAGUCCCUGAUCACACCUCGGACACGUGCGAUCGCCCUGGUCAGCCCAAACAAUCCAUGUGGGACGAUCUACCCCCCGGCCCUGCUGGACUCGUUCUGUGGAUUGGCUAAAGAAUCCGGCAUCGCCCUCGUCGUCGAUGAGACCUACCGAGACUUUGUCCCUCCGUCACCAUCGCGAGCGCCCGGGGCGGGAGAUAGAGGGAAACCUCACGACCUGUUCGACGAGCCCGAUUGGGACGAGACGCUCGUCAGCCUCUUCAGCUUUAGUAAGAGUUACAAGAUUCCCGGGUAUCGGUUGGGGGGCAUCGUGGCGAGUCGAACGGUCUUGGAGGCUUGCCGUACCGUGGCGGAUUGUAUUCAGGCGAGUCUUCGGAAAAAAAACGGGAUCUGCCCAGCCAGGCUCCCACAACUCGCUCUCGCCGAACUCUUACCCGCCCUUCGACCUUCCCUAAUAUCCACCUCCAAAGCCCUCGCCUCCCGCCUCAAACGGUUCGAAGACGCCAUCUCCAUCGUCCCUGGCUGGCAGGUCGUCUCAUCCGGCGGCUACUUUUCCUACGUAAAGUUCCCCGACGUGUACGGUCCCGACGUCACUUCGGAACGGGUCGCAGAGAGGUUGGCCAUAGAGUGCGGGGUGUUGACGCUGCCCGGAUGUUGGUUCAUGCCCGAGAGGGAGGACGAAGGGUGGAAGAGCUUGGAGAGGAUGGGCAGCGAGCUCAUCAGUGACAGGUGGUUGAGAUUCGCCAUCGCCAACGUAUCGGACGAGACCGUCGACAAGAUCCCCGAGCGCCUGAAGCAGCUUAACGAGCUAUACGCAGCGGGUUCUUAGAAAAGGUUCCGUUUUGCCUCCGCCCGAGGUUGUUCCUCCGCACACAAAAGAAGGGGUCGCUCGGUUUCGUAGCCUGUUGAAAAUAGAUUAUCGAAUGCUGGACUGUAUCUGCAAGCAAUUCUCCUGAUUAAUGCCACAACGAAGGAUUCUGCGAAACGCUCGGGUGGUUCGGAACUUCGGGACCUCGCCAAGGACGAUCGCCGCGAAUCUCG